AUGAGCGGGUCGGAUCGCUGGGGAGUGUCCGCCCGGGCUUUGUGGGCUGAGAUGGUGGCGCAAUCGGAUCCGCGGCUAGGAGAACAUGGCGGGGGAGUGAAAGGAGCAAGCAGCAGCGCCCGGUGUUGUUACCCGAGCGGGGCACACCCCCUUCCGCCCCCGCGCCAAUCGCCGUGCGAGGAUGGCGCGAGCGGCGCGCCUCUCCACCGGGCGCCGCCAAUCACGGUGAAACGGCGGCCUCUCUGGCCCCGCCUCGGCCAAUCAGAAGCGACACAAACACUUGGGGCCACGCCUGCUUCCGCAGGCCGCCCAAUCCGGGCAGACACAAACAGAGGGCACGCCCCAGUCUCCGAGUCACGGGCCCGCAGUGCGAAGCGAACGGACGGGACGGGCGGUUCUCCUUGCGAGAGCCGCCGGCCAAUCGGGCGGCACACAAACAGCCGCGGCCACGCCCCCGCGCGCCCCGCAGCCAAUCGAGGGGGACGUAAACAGGCGGCGGCGCGCCCCCUGGUGGGCGGUGGCGCGCCGGCGGGCAGGCACGCGUCGCCCGCCAUGGAGGUGCCGGCGCUGCGGCCCGUGGCGGCCGCCGGGCUCCCGGCCGGGGCGGAGGAGGGACCCGGCCGUGAGGCGGCGGGGCGGAGGCGGGACGAGCGGAGCCUGGAGGCGCUAAGCCUGGCCGCCGCCGGCGGCGUGGCGGCGGCGGGGCGGCAGCUGCCGGAGGGUCGGCGAGCGACGCUGGCGAGCGCCCUGGAGCUGGAGGGUACGGUGCUGCGCGAGGGGCGCCUCACCCAGUUCGUGGCCAACAACCUGGAGCGGCGGAUCCGGCUGAGCGGCGCUCCGCGGGGCGAGCCGCCGGCGGCGGCGGCGGCGGGGGGCGGCGGCGGCUCUAUCCCCGCCAUCGACCCCGGGGCGCUGCAGGACGUGGUGGCCCUGGCCGGGCAGGUGGCGGCGCAGGUGGACGAGCUGCUGCGCAACGUGCACUGCGGCCUGCAGGCCCUGACGGCGCUCAGCGUCGGCUGCAUCCAGACCUACCGCGACGGGGUGGAGAGCCUGGGCGAGGCGGCCGACCUCAGCAUCCGCGCCAUGUACGCGCUGGUGGCGCGCUGCGAGGAGCUGGACCGCGCCAUGCAGCCCGUGCCCGCCCUGGCCAAGCGCAUCCGCGACAUGAAGGGCACCCUGGAACGGCUGGAGGGGCUCUGCAAGUAGCGCCGCCCCGGCGGGGGUCGCCGCCCCGCCGCUGUUCCCGCUGCCACCGGCGUGACGAGCGAGGAGCCGCCGGGGCUGGAAAACGGGGGCGCCGCCGCCGCCCUUGCUGUGCCGGCAGCGCGCCCGCUGGGCCUUCGCCGGGCGCUGGAGGGGGGCUUGGCCGCUCCGAGAAGCCCCGGCCUGGCGGCUGCCCGCCCUGCCAGCCUUCCCGCCGGAGCCGCCGCUGCCUCCGGCGGCCCUCAGGCUGCUGCUCGCCCUCUCCGGUAGUCCCACCACCGGGCCCGCGCACGGCAUCUUCAGCUCUCCGCCUAUACAUCCUUGCUCUCUCUCUCUGUGCCCCUGUAUGUGACCAGCCGACAUCUGUGGCCAGUUCGCUGGUAUUAAUCUGGAGGAAAUGAAAUUUUUGCAACCGAUGAAGCAAAAAGGUCCCAGUUGAAAUCGCGGGGUAAAUGGCAGACGGUGCUUUUUAGCUUCAGCUCCAUUAAAGAAUUUGGAUUCCACAUGCCUUAUGCUUUCUAUUUAUUGAGGGCUAGGAAAAACUAACCAAUCUUAAUUAAAAGCAGCUGUUAAUAUUUUUUUUUAACCAAAUGUGAAAUUGUGAAUAUUUCCUUGAUGCUUACAGGCAUAGAUGCUUAUUGUAGUUGACUUAGUGCCUGAUGAGUAAUUCUCACUUGUGCUGUUACAGGAAAUAAACAUGCAGAACACUGCUGUCUCUUACAGGACACAGUUGUAAGAGAAGAUAAGAGGGAAUUUAAUAUAUAUAGCAAAGACGCUUUCUGAGAAGAAUUUAAAAUCCACGGAAUAUAAUUGAGAUUCAGAUAAGAACAAAUCUAUACGCAAAGUUCUAAAUAAAAGCCUUCAGAUAAAAUACACUUUGCCUUUAUUAGUCUCUGCAGUUUUCACAGUGUAGAAGUUUAAAUGGUAUCACUGUGAAAUGAUCCUGUGAUUUUGUUUUUUUUUUUCAAUUGGGAAAAUACCUAGUUAGAUGAGGAAGAUGAAUAUGUGAUGACAUUACAUGGGUGUAUGACUGACAUAAAAUGGGUAUUUUGGGAAAAUUUAUCUGUAUAACUUGAAGCUUUUGUAUAUGCAUCACUGUGUGCAGAAGUGAUUUUGCUGUAUCAGUAAGUAUUUCCUCUGAGGCCUGAGAGUAGCUGAAUUCUCUGCUCGCUAUGGUUCCUAUGCAACUAGCCUCUUAGAUGAUGCUCGUGGCAAUCCAUUUAGGUCACAAAUGUCCUUGUAACAAAAUUUCAGCAGAGAAACGAUCACUGUGAUAUUAUGUAUGUGUAAUGGUGCUUUCGGUGACCAGCAGCUCCUAAAAACCUUGGAGCAAAGGUAGCCAGAAAUACUACGCAAGUCCUGUAACUUUCGGUUGAAGAGCAGAUAGGUUUAUGAUGGGUGCAGCUGCUACGCCACCGUAAUGUCAUUAAAAACACCGAAUGAGGGGCAGACGCUGUGAUACGCUGUGCUUCUGCAUGUAGACAAUACUGAAUUGUAACAAAAUAAUUUGGUUUUAUGCCACCCUGGUUUGCAUAAUACCAGUCUCUGGCCUAUUUUGGGCUUCUCAACGUGGCCAUGUCUUUCCCUCAGCACAGGGAUGUAUUUCACGUGUGGCCUUCCAGCCCUAGCAAUGGGAGAAGGCUGGAAAUGGGCUGUGCCAAGGUCACGUUCUUUGUCAUCACAGCUCUCAUGGUACUGUCUUCUGGGGAAUAGCUGUGGCUCCAGAAAGGGACCACAGGUCUAAUGGAGGUUAGCGGAGAGAAAAAGGAGAACUUAACUGCCCCUGCCCUUGGGCCUAGAAGACACUAAAGAUUUCUUAACACCACAGCAACAGCUGUACUCGGUACUUUUGGGGUGUUAUUCUUGGGAAAGUUUGAGCUUGUCUAUCAUGGAGAUGCAGUAGUUUUGCUAAGUAUGUUUUGUAUAUGUCAAGAGUGAAAACCAAAGUUUGAUCUUGCGUAACUUGUAUUGUUGAAAUGUACAGGAACGACCUGCAAGCUUAUUUGUGUAGCCACAUAUGUACAGCUAUGCUUUAUUCAUACAGGCUAAGGUGAAGCCUUUAAAGCAUACGUGUUUCAGCACACUAUUGGUUUUUAAUAGCAUUUCAUUUGCAGUCACCUACGUUCAAUGCUAAUUCCCUGCUAAAAUUGUCAAGUCUGUAGAAUAAAAUCAUUACUUUUAUGUUUUUAA